CCCUCGCUGCCGCCCGGUUCCUGCGCUGCCGCCCCGCCUUUCCGCUUCCUGCCGGGAUCCGGGGCGGGCGCGGCGCUUCCAGCCGAGAGAGGCGGCGGGACAGUGGCAGCUCUCCAGAUGGCUUCUUUUGGGUGGAAGAGAAAGAUUGGUGAGAAGGUCUCAAAAGCUACUUCUCAGCAGUUCGAAGCAGAAGCUGCGGAUGACAAGGGUCUGGGGGACGAUGAUGAUGCUAACUGGGUGCUUGCAGCUAAGAGAAGAAAGGAAGUUCUCUUAGAAGACUGUGUAAGGAAAAGUAAGGAGCUCAAGGAUGAAGGUGCAAAUUUGGCUGAAAAUAGGAGGUACAGAGAGGCUCUUGUCAAGUGGGAUGAAGCACUUCAGUUAACUCCAGAGGAUGCUACACUUUAUGAGAUGAAAUCACAGGUCCUGAUGUCUUUACAUGAAAUGUUCCCAGCAGUGCAUGCAGCAGAAAUGGCUGUUCAGAGAAACCCACGUUCCUGGGAUGCCUGGCAGACUUUGGGACGUGCCCAGCUUGGAUUAGGAGAGAUAGCGCUGGCAAUCCGAAGUUUCCAGGUAUCCUUACACAUCUUUCCAAUGAACCCUGAAGUAUGGAAAGAAGACCUUUCCUGGGCAAGAAAACUACAGGAGCAGCAGAAGGCCACAAAGACUGGGUCGGUGCAAGCACUGGCAAAAGAAAAAGAGAUUGUACAAGAGUCAAUCCCGGACUAUGACUUUGAAAGUGAUGAAAUUGUGGCAGUCUGUGCUGCCAUUGCAGAGAAGGAGAAAGCUCUUUCAGCAGCUAAAACGAUGGUGAUUGUGUCUGCUUCAGGCACAGUAGAGACUGUUACUGAGCAGGACAAUUGUCCUGCAACUCCUGAUGAAACCCUUUUCAUCAGGGCCCGGUAGGGCAGCCUCAUGGGUUGGCAUACCCAUAGUUUAAAGAACUGCUGUUAUUUAUUGUAUUUUGCUUGCUUUGUGUUUGUUCUAAUAGCCUACAAAAGUUACAUAACUGAAGUUAUCUUUCUUUCACUAAUUGAAAAAUCAAUGACCUGAGUUGUUCCAUCCAUAUUUUUUAAAAAGAAAGUCAAGAGUUGAUUCUAAAAAUUUUAAAUUGUUAUGAACAAAUAUAAUGUUGAAAUGCUAACAGCUGCUUUCAUCUUUGUGUAUUUCAUAAUUUUACAGGUUAAUGUCUACAUUUUCCCAGUAAUUAGGAAACUUUUAUUUAUGCUGUAAAAGUGCUGUGUUUUAUCCCCAGCUGGCAACUCAGCCCCACACAGCUGACUGGCUUCUGGUGGAAUGGGGGAGAGAAUUGGAAAAGUGAAAGAACUCAUGGCCUAAUAGGGAAAGCAGAAGCUGCACAUGCAAGCAAAGCAAAACAAGGGAUUCACCCCACCAGUUACCAUGGCCGGGCAGGUGUUCAGCCAUCCCCAGGAAAGCAGGGCUGCAUCAUGUGUGACUUGGGAAAACACUCUGAAUGUCUUCCCUUCCCCUUCCUCCUUCUUUCCCCAGAUCUGUGUGCUUUGCUAUGGAGUGGGAUAUCCCUCUGGUCAGUUGGGGUCAGCUGUUCUGGCUUGUCUUCUCCCAGGUUCUGUGCACCCUCAGUCUUCUCACUGGUGCGGUGGGAUGAGGAGCAGGAAAAAGUCUUGACCCUGUGCAAGCACUGCUCAGCAAUAAUGAAGACAACUGUGUGUUAUCAACACUUGGCAGCACAAAAUCAAUUCUACUUGCAAUUCUGAAGAAAAUUACAGUAAUUUCACGAUUAAAAGCCACACCUCAUUAUAAGCCACACUUCUGGGUGUCGGCA